AUGUUGGCACGUCAAGAAGCUGAAAAGAAAUAUUAUGAAAUUUUACAGGAAGAAGAACAUUUAAAAGUGGAAAUAAAUAAUGUUAAGAUUGAAAAUGAAAAAAUUCAGAAUCAACUUGAAGAAAAAGUAAAGGGCAUGGAAGAAUGUCUUCACAAUCAGGAACAACAGAGUAGACAGGCAAUAGAUCAACAGAGGAUUUUACACGAAAGGAUGCUUAAUCAAGUUAGAGAAGAUUGCCAGUCGAGAAUAAAUAAUUUGCAAGGUCAACUCAAUCGUGCUCUCGAAAGAAAACCUGGCUUUUGGGAUUCAAUGGCAGGUGUUGCUGGAGGUAUUGCUGGAGGUCUUCUUGGAGGAGUUGGAGGUCUUAUUGGAGGACUAUUUAGAGGCUUAUUUUGA